GGCCGGAGCGCACUCAGUCCUCCCCGACACCUCCUCACUGCUCGGAUCCGUCUGGAACGCGUCGGAGGCCCCACCAUGUCCGCCAGGGAGAAGGGGAUCCUGACCAAAGACAGCGUCAGCCUGCUGCCCUGCUUCUACUUUGUGGAGCUGCCCAUCCUGGUGUCCUCCGUGGUCAGCCUUUACUUCCUGGAGUGGACGGACGUGUUCAAACCCGUCAAGUCGGGUUUCAACUGCCAUGACCGCAGCCUCAGCCUGCCCUACAUCGACCCCAACCACGAGGUCAUCCCCCUGCUGAUGCUGCUCAGCCUGGCCUUCGCCGGCCCCGCCAUCACGAUAAUGAUCGGAGAGGCCAUCCUGUUCUGCUGCUUGUCCCGGAGGAAGAGUGGCGCCGGGACCGAGGCCAACAUCAACGCUGCCGGCUGCAACUUCAACUCCUUCAUCCGCAGAGCCGUCCGCUUCGUAGGCGUCCAUGCGUUUGGUCUCUGCGCCACGGCGCUCAUCACCGACGUCCUCCAGCUGAUGACGGGCUACCCGACGCCGUACUUCCUCACCGUGUGCAAACCCAACUACACCACGCUGAACGUGAGCUGCGAGCAGAACCCGUACGUCAUGGAGGACAUCUGCUCCGGAGCCGACCCUGCAGCCAUCACCCGGGGCAGAAAAUCCUUCCCUUCUCAGCAUGCGACUCUGGCAUCCUUCGCUGCUGUCUAUGUUUCAAUGUACUUCAACAGCACUCUGACCGACUCUUCCAAACUGCUCAAGCCGCUGCUGGUCUUCUCCUUCAUCAUCAGCGCCAUAAUCUGUGGCCUGACCAGGAUCAUUCAGUACAAGAACCACGCCAUCGACGUCUACCUGGGCUUCCUGCUCGGGGGAGCCAUCGCCGUCUACUUGGGCUUGUACGCUGUUGGAAAUUUCCAAUCCAGUGAGGAGGCGCCCAGCGCCCCUCCUCCAGUCGUACACCGCCCUCCCUGCUCCUUGCCGCACAUCAGCCAGGAGGCCGUCCUCCACCACCUCCAGAUGAAGGCUCUGGCCGGAGAACCCGGCAUCCCCACCUCGCACUCGGAGGGUCUGCUGCACCGCGGCCUCCAGCAGCAGAGGCCCGACGACAGCCUGAAGCGGUCCAGCGCCGACGUGGAAGUGAUUUCCCCGCAUAGCCCCCAGAACAAAGACGCCAUGAUGACGUUCAGCCACACCCUUCCUCGGGUCCACACCCCUCAGGCGAUGGCGGCGUACGAAGAGGCGGCCCGUCGUCACGCCGCCACCCUUCACCACGCCUCCAUGGACUCCAGCCGCUCCAAGCAGCUUCUGUCUCAGUGGAAGAGCAAGAACAACAAUCACAAGUGCUCCCUUCAAGUUCCGGACUCCUUCUCCUCCUCCGUGGACUCCUCAUCGGGACAUUCCUCCCUGCACCCGCACCACCACGGCAGCAUGGAGCUCCGAGCCAGCUCCGAACCCUCGGCAGUGGGCCUCAACGGAGGCUUCGACGCUCACGCCUACAUGUCCAAAUUGGCUGCGGGGGCGAGCACCACCCUGCCCACCAACUGCAGCGGAAUCACCGGAGGGGCUCGGAUAGCCAUGCAGUCCAGACCUGGGUCUUCACAGCUCGUCCACAUACCCGAGGAAGCUCACGAGAACUACAACCCCAACUCCCAGAAGGCAGUGGGAGGAGGAGGAGGAGGUGACGGGAUGUCGACAGUCAAUAGCACAAUCCAGGCGAACUGGCAGAGGGCAGUGGAGAAGACUGCGGCCUGCAGGACUAAUGAAAACGGACAAAGCGCCCAGCCACGAAUCAUGCAAGUGAUCGCUAUGUCCAAACAGCAAGGACUGCUCCAGACCCACUCCAAGAGUUUAGAUGAGAGCAGCAUCGGCUGCGGCGCCGCCAGCAGCUGUCAGGGCUCGGCUCGAUACAGGGCGCUCACCGACCACGACCCCACCAGCACCACCGCGCCCAGCUCACUGGGCAGCACCACUGGCAGCAUUUCAGGAAGUACUGGAGCAAUCGUCAGAGUAGAGGCACACCCCGAAAACAACAGACCCAUAAUCCAACCUCCAUCCACCGAUGGAAGCGGCUCGUGGAGGUGGCGGUCCCUGGAUCACGGAACCGGGUCUGGAGCAGGAGGCGGUGGAGCAGGAGGCGGAUCGGGCGGAGCAGCCGGGAGUUUAAGGCAAUCUUUUGAGCUCAAUGAUCUGAACAGGGACUCGGAAAGCUCGGAUUCCGUGCCAGAGGGGUCCAUCGACAGGAAGCGCGCCAAUCACAUUGUUACCACCACUGCCAGCGUCAGCACACCGCCUGUGAUUACUGUGCACACCCAGAACACCAGCCAGUCAGAGCAGAGGAUCCACCCGCAGGGCUUGUCUACGAUCAGGGUGACUCCCGGGGACAGUGGAGUUCCUGGAUCUGGAGGAGGCGGGGGUGGAGAGACGGCCUCUGAGACCCCCUCCAUCACCUCCAGCCGUGAGUCCACGCUGCGCAGGAAAGGCAAUAAUAUUAUUCUGAUCCCAGAGAGAGCCAACAGCCCCGAUAACACGCGGAACAUUUUCUACAAGGGAACAUCCAUUACCCCUGUUUUCAAGGAAUAA